CAUCACAAGUGUUUCUGCCAUCAAAUAAACAAAAUUACUUUGGUAACAUUACCAUCAAACAUGGAACUUUUAUUGGUUAUUUUACUAUCUGGAUGUGCCCUGUCCGCACCAAUCCAUUCCAUCCAUCAGCGCGAUGUCUCACAUUUGUCGCCUCCAUCGACUCGCUACGGUGUGCCCGACAGAAGAAUUUCUGCGCCUUAUCCACCACCAGCUCCAGUUCAGGAAUACGGUCCACCUCAUCAUGACGAGCCAGCUCCAGUUGAACCAUCAAACGAAUAUGGACCACCACAUCAUGAUGAGCCAGCUCCGAUUGAACCAUCGCACGAAUACGGACCACCUGCAAACGAAUAUCUUCCGCCACCACCACCACCACAAAUUCCAAGUUUGCCGGAAGUUGUUGUAAGUCAUCCAUAUCCUGCACCAGCUGAUCCAGUCCAGGAAUAUGGACCACCUGCCAUUCAUCAAGACAUUGUCGCUCCAACCAAUGAAUAUGGACCGCCAGUUGAAGCCAUUCAGGAUACAGUAGUGUCGGGUCCGUAUCCACCACCACUUUUCGACUCACGAUAUGGCGCUCCAACACAUUAGGAAAGUACGUUAAUUUAUAGUAUUUAUUAAUUGAUGUUGAAUAAAAACUGAAAGACAAAUUGA